UAGACACACGUUUAUUUUAUCACACGAGGAAUGAAACAGCUGUCACAGUGACUACUACAAUGUUGCAUCUGGGUCCCUGCAUCAUCGCCUUUCUUCUAACUUGUGGAGAUUCUACUGAUGGAUUUAAUAAAAAUAUUCACACAAUCAACAGAACUGCUUCUCAGGGAGAAACUGUUGUUUUUCACUGUAAUGUAAGUGGAUAUAAAGGAGCUGAAGGAGCUGAUGUCGGAUGGCGUAAGGAGGAGAUUCUUCUUUUUAACUACAGCCCUGUUAUUAACCAAACUGUGACAAACUACACAUCAAGCAGAAUGUAUGUCGAUCCCAACAAUCCACGGAAACUACAGAUAUCUGAUGUACAGCCUUCAGACGCAGGAAACUAUACAUGUUUCCCAUCAGUAGCACAAGAACAAUGGAUAUUGACCAUAGAAGUUUCUGAGAGUGAACCAGAGCUGCUCAGACAAAUGUUUCACUACAUCGUCCCCUCAGUUACAGGAGCUGUUGCAGUGUGCUUUAUUAUCAUCUGCACUGUGUGGAUUUACAGGAAACGGAAAACGAAGAACAAGAAAAUACGGAAUGAGCUUCAAACACGAGGAGGAAUGGACCACGCUCAGAACCGCCAGUAUUUUGAGAAAUUUAACUCUAUAUAUGGAGAAGUUAAAUGAAGAUUUCACUGGCAGACUCACUGGAGUCUGGAAUCUUACUGUAAGUGGGAUAAAUCAAAGUAAGAGCAAGAGGACAUCAUUCAGCCUGGUGUGGAGAGACUAAUCUACAGAUUACACAAGACAAGCUAAAGACUUCAGCAUCUAUUCAAGAUGUUCAAUUAUGAUACAGUGCAGUUCACUUGUUGAUGCUCAGAAGAUGGCAACAGAUUUUGAAGGCAACAGAAAUCAGAACAUGGGGUUGGAUAGAAUAAUCAGUAAUAGGACUGAAUAAUGGGUUAGAUUAUAUUAUUCAUUAUCAUAUGCACCAAAAAUUGAUAGUUCUUCAAGGGUUCUUUGGUAAAGAAAAUGGUUUUGUAAAGAACCAUGAGCACUCAAAGAACCCUUUGCAUGAUUAGUGUUCAAAGUGCUAUCAGUCAUGUGAGGUGCAUUUCUGUCUUCUGUCUAGUAACAAGAAAACAGACUGCAGAUGUAUAUAUGUCAAUAUAUUUUAUGUAAUAUUGUACAAUAUGUCAGUCACAGUCAGGGGUAAUUUCAUAUGAUUUCUUGGUCAAUUUUAAUUAAGGUUUGUAUUAGA